AUGUCUCUCUCUACUACUGAAGGCUUGUUUCUGUCUCUUGAUCAAGAACAACUCCUAAUGGCGGCGCUCAAUGCCAACCAAACCCCCUCUCAGAAGGCCGUACCCGGCAACCGAAAAGCGGCACUUCCGAAUUCCACUUCCACGCCAACCAUGUCAAGUGCUCCCGGUUCAGGAAAUCUGGACUUUAGUGACGACAGUCCGUUCCUCGAUUUUGACCCAGAACUCGAGCUCGGCGAUGACACAUUUGACUUCGAUGAGAAUAGCCGCAUGAUUGGCGACAUUCCUGGCGAGCUCCACGAUAAGCGAAAAAGCAUCGAGGGUGGGGAUGACGACGCUGAAGGAGGGCGGAAGCGCCGUGAAGGCGAGGAUAAGACGGCCAAAAAACCAGGCAGGAAGCCGCUGACAUCUGAACCAACUUCUAAACGCAAGGCUCAGAACCGAGCGGCGCAACGAGCUUUCCGUGAACGUAAGGAGAAGCAUCUGCGAGAUCUUGAAACCAAAGUGGAAGAUCUGGAGAAGGCCUCGGAGUCUGCCAAUCAUGAGAAUGGCCUUCUCCGGGCGCAAGUAGAGCGGCUCCAAGUCGAGUUGAAGGAAUACCGGAAAAGGCUUUCCUGGAUCAGCAGCAACGGCCUCAACAAUAGGCCACAAGGUCUCUUACCGCAUCAAGGACCCAACUCUGUUGUUAGCCACAAUGAUUUUCAGUUCGAGUUCCCAAAGUUUGGCGAUAUGCCAUCUUUGCCCACAACGAACACGUUCAACAAUGGUACCCCCCAGGCACAGGCGAGCCCGGGCGCGAGCAGAACGACAAGCCUUCCGAAUUCUACCUCGACUCCUGCAAGUCAAAAUGGUGCUUCCCGUCGGUCGACCUCCAGUAUGCAGAACCAACCUGCGCGGAUAGGGUCUCUAAGCCAGUCACCUAUGAGCAACAAUGUGUCCGCCUCUCCCCAGCCUCUGAACCAGCAAAGCGUGCAUCACUCUAGCGUGGACACCCUGUCGGGGCUGUUCAGUCCAUCCAUUCUGGAAGCCAGUCGAAAAGCCUCAUUGGGCGGAUACUUUCCCCAAACCACGUAUAAUACUUCUAUUCAAAGUAAUAGGGGAAGCCUCGACCAUGCUGUCCAAGGCGGCAAGCCUGUGGCCUAUUCUAACUCUAGCUUCUCAAACUCGGACUCCCCCUGCUCCUCGACAGAAUCGCAUAACGUAGUUUCGUCGAUCGGCACCUCCCCGGAGCCAGGGGUAAACUCUCCGGCCAACAAGCAUAAUGAAUACAGCCUCAAUCCUAUCAGUGAAGAGCACCAGCCUUCACUUGGCGAAUAUGCCGCCGAUCCGGGCUUUGAUGUUAAUGGAAUCAACUGGUUAGCUCAACAGAACAACAACGGCUUUGACCCUAUCCUGUUCGGCGACUAUCGCGAAUCACAAGACAACAUUUUGUCACAAGAUUUCGGUUCAUUCUUCAACGAUGCCUAUCCUCUCCCUGACUUGGGCAGUCCUUUGCACAAUUACAACGACCUAGCCGUUGACCAAGCCCCCAAGCAUGAUUUAAUGCAGCAAGUUGAAAACGCCAGGAAUGGAAACGACGAGACUGUUCGAUCUGUGGAACAACCGAUGACUUGUAACAAGAUAUGGGAUCGUCUCCAAUCGAUGGAGAAGUUCCGAAAUGGCGAGAUUGAUAUCGACAAUCUGUGUAGCGAAUUGCGCGCGAAGGCCAAGUGCUCUGAGGGCGGUGCGGUCAUUGACAAAAAAGAUGUUGAUAAGAUCUUGGGGGUUGCAAAGUGA